AGGAAGCAACAGGUGGGCUCCAAGGCACAGAGCAGCAGAGUGCAGGAGACUCUCAGGCGGACCGUCAGCCCUCAUGGGAGCAGCUGGACUUUACCAAACCUCACAGGAUCACAUGUAGGACACUGAGGCUGCCGCACGGAAGCACUCGUUGGACGGUUUGCUGCAGAUGUCCAGCUCUGAGCUGCAGGACGCGAUGAGACGCCUGGGCUCCAACUCGGAGGAUCGUUCUCGCCUCACUGCUGCCCUCUCCUGUCUGAAGAGUGCCGAUGAAACAGGGUGCAACCAAAGUGAUGCCUUCUCUCCGGUUAGCAAGCCGGUCCCACAACCUACUGGUCCCCGUGGCCACUCCAUCUCCGUAUCAGUGGCACCUUGUUCAGACAAUCAGAGACCAUACGUGUCACCUGACGAAACGCCCGAUGUCUUCACCCUGGACCCAAGCACCCCUCCGGCCACCCAAACGUCAAAGACGCGCACCGCCAGGGCCUCCCACACGUCACCGCUAGCUUCCCGGAAGCUGCUGCAGCUCUUCCCCAUUAUCUCGAAAAGCAAGAGUCAGGAGUCGCAGCUGGCCAAUCGCAUCGAGGAACCUGCCUCACUCAAGAGCUGUAAGAGGAACAAAGUGCUGGCUGCCCUUCACAUCAACGGCUCUGGGAACAGUCAUGAGGAUUCUGUGCUGCGCUCGCCGCUGCUGUCUGCCCGGACACCCGGCCCUGUCCCCGCCUCAGCCCCAUACAUGAUGCCAGCCGUCCCCAGCCUGCUGGACAAUGUGACCAUGCACAGAAGUUCCCCUCAGACAGUGAGGAGAGACAUUGGCCUGGCUGUAACACACAGGUUUUCAACCAAGUCUUGGCUCUCCCAGAUGUGCCAAGUGUGUCACAAGAAUAUGAUGUUUGGUGUCAAGUGCAAGCACUGCAAGUUAAAGUGCCACAACAAAUGCACCAAAGAUGCUCCCUCAUGCCGGAUCUCAUUUCUCACAUUGCCAAGGAUGCGCAGGGCAGAAUCAGUGCCAUCAGACAUCAAUAAUCGGAUCGAUCUCAUAGCGGAGAUCCCGCUGCAGUGGGGCACUUUACCAAAGGCAUUAACCAAAAGGGAGCCAGCCCCCAAUCUAAACCAGGUGGAUUCGAGCAGUAACCCAUCGUCAGCCACCUCCUCCACACCCUCCUCCCCAGCACAUUUCCAGCAGAGUAACCCCCCGAGUGUCAGCACCACCCCUCCAGCCAACGCCUCACCGCGGGGCUCCUGCGACAACCGCUUCAACUUCCCAGAUGUUCCUGCUUCCACACAUACAGCUGUUCUCCAUUCUGGCAGCUGCCAUGAGUCAGGAGUGUCUCAGGGGGGCGUCACUGAGACACAGCGACCUGCCACAGAACAAGAAAGGGAGGAGGAGGAGGAGGAGGCUGAGGAUGACGAAGAAGCUGACCGGUGCAGCAGUAAUAACAACUACCCCAAUGAGGAGGAUGAUGAGGACGGACUCGAGGAACUGCCGUCUGCCAUAUGUCGUCAGACCGCCGGCCGCCGGAGGGGCCCAAUCUCUCGUAAAGUGAGCCAGAACAGCAUCUACCUGCAGGAGUGGGACAUCCCAUAUGAGCAGCUGCAGCUUGGAGAGCUCAUCGGGAAGGGUCGCUGGGGGAAGGUGCACAAGGGUCGCUGGCACGGCGAGGUGGCCAUUCGCCUCCUGGAGGUUGACGGAAACAACCAGGAUCACCUGAAGCUCUUCAAGAAGGAGGUGAUGAACUACAGGCAGACCCGGCACGAGAAUGUGGUCCUGUUCAUGGGCGCCUGCAUGGCCCCGCCCCACCUCGCCAUCAUCACCAGUUUCUGUAAAGGUGUCACUCUUUACUCUGUUGUGAGGGAAAGAGGUCACAUGCUGGACAUCAAUAAAACCAGACAGAUUGCACAGGAGAUCGUGAAGGGAAUGGGUUAUCUUCAUGCUAAAGGCAUCAUCCACAAGGACCUGAAGUCUAAGAACGUCUUCUACGACACCAACAAGGUUGUCAUCACCGACUUCGGCCUGUUCGGGAUGUCUGGCGUGGUACAGGAAGGCAGAAGGAAGAACGUGUUGAGGAUACCCCGGGGCUGGAUCUGCUACCUGGCUCCAGAGAUUGUUCGGCAGAUGAGCCCAGAGGUGGAGGAGGACCAGCUGCCUUUCUCCAAAGCUGCAGAUGUUUAUGCAUUUGGCACAAUCUGGUACGAGCUGCAGGCCGGAGACUGGCCAAUCACCAACCAACCUGUGGAGGCUAAAAUCUGGCUGGUGGGCAGCAAUAAGGGCAUGAAGAAGGUGCUGGCAGAAGCCAACCUGGGCAAGGAGGUCACGGAGAUCCUGUCCGCCUGCUGGUCCCCUGAGGCAGACAACCGGCCCACCUUCACCACGCUGACAGACAUGCUGGAGAAACUUCCCAAACUGAACCGCAGACUGUCUCACCCCGGACACUUCUGGAAGACAAAUGAGUCGUGGGAUCGUCAUCACUGUCUGAGAGAUCACUGCCAUCAGGGCGUGCAUGCACACUGUCCAUACAUGUACAAAUACAGCAGCUGAGAGGCAGUGGGGCUCUUUAAAACUGACACUGGAUUUGAGCAAAUACUGACCAGAUUUUUAGGAUUUUUUGAUUCAUGUUAUAUUUAUUCUGCCCACAUUGUCUUGGCUUAUUUUGGAUACACUAAGUUGUCAAGUGUAACACACAUUAGCCACAGAGCCUACCCGCAUUUGACGAGGCUCAAUCGACACACACAAAAGUCACCAUGAAGCCAGAACAAUCAGUUGAGAUAUAGGAGCAAGAAUGUGCUGAUCCAGGGACUGUUGUCAAACAGCUGAUUUCCUGUUACAGCCAAGCUAAACAGCAGCUGCUCAGUAAGCAGCUCAAAAUACAGAUGGAUGUCAGCUGAAGUUGACAUUGGACAAAAAAAGUUUACUUUACUUGUCUUAGUCAGGUACAGACCACGAGCAUCAGUUACCACAUGCAAAUGAGCUGCUGUAUUUAUACAAAACACAUACUGAAAAGAUACUGGCUGCACAACUCUAGUCUCUUACUGUGGCUGACUGCAUAUUGCCACCAUGACAAAAACGUUUGGCUCAAUUCCAUGUUUAACGAGUUCCUUUCACAUUGAGAAAAUAUAUUUUUCAUGUUGUUAUUACAUAUUUUCUUGUUAUUUUCAGAUACUCAUUCAUUAAAACUCUAGAAAAAUGACACGUUAUGCCGAAGUGACUUCCCUCUCAAACUGUUUUUUCAAUACAAGAACGUUUUGUGGUGUAAGAAGAUAAAGUGAUGAUGUUUCAAUUUCCACAAAACUUCCUCGCGAAAAAAACAAAACAACUUGGUAUCUGAGUCAAAAUCAGAAAAAUACGACAAGAUAUUUAUUGAACAAAAAGGUUUUCUGCACAAAGGCUCUUGCUGCUUCACCUAGUAAUACAGAGACUGGAGUUAGUAGUAUACAGUCUAGGUAUACGCUUAAGAGAGCACAUAAUGGAGACGUUCAAACUGAUGUGAUCUCGAGAGGAUGUGGUUUCUGCAUCUUUAUGUCCUGAACACCUUCUAUGGCUGAGCAGACAACAGCUUCUCAGAUGUUAAGACAUUGGCUCACUAAAAGAGUCAGUGGGUCGGAUUGACACCGCCCACAAGGAGAUUUAUUUAGAGCUGCAGAUGAAACUGUCGUAUUUCUUCAGUCCUCAUUUGAAGCAGGACAGCAGCAAAAUGCUAAAAAUAAUGGUUUUGUUCAUUACAAAAGAGACGUGUGAUGUUGCCACAGGUGUGUGUGUGAGUGUGUGCGUGUGUGUGUAUGUGUCUUUCUUGUGUGUUUCUGUAUCACUCAAGUGAACAAAGUGUUUGGUUACACAGUACACUCACUGACUGUGUCUGAAUGUUUUUGGGCUUCACAAAUGCAGUGGAAGCCAGUCAAACCAAGCAUUAACCGAAUGCAUAUAUGUAUAUAAAGAGCUAGAGGUUGUAUUUAAUAUACAGUGCUGAUGUUUGAUUCGUUAUUGGUACUUCUUUCAUAUUUAUAUGAUUUUAGACACUGUAAACUGUUGACAGUUGAUUGGUGUUUGUUUUUUCUCGGGGUGGGGUGGGAGAAUUUUUGUACAGGAUGUGUUGAAGUUUCUGUUCUGAACUGCUGUAAACAUUAAAACUGAUCUCCGAAGAA